AUGAAAGUCACAGAGCUCUUUCAGGGGUCAUGCAGCACCCUCACCACCCCUACUUAUUACUCUCACCACCCCUACUUCCUGCAGAACUCUCACUACCCCUACUUCCUGCAUCACCCUCACCACCCCUACUUCCUGCAUCACCCUCACCACCCCUACUUCCUGCAGAACUCUCACUACCCCUACUUCCUGCAGAACUCUCACUACCACUACUUCCUGCAGAACUCUCACUACCACUACUUCCUGCAGAACUCUCACUACCCCUACUUCCUGCAUCACCCUCACCACCCCUACUUCCUGCAGAACUCUCACUACCACUACUUCCUGCAGAACACUCACCACCCCUACUUCCUGCAGAACUCUCACUACCCCUACUUCCUGCAUCACCCUCACUACCCAUACUUCCUGCAGAACUCUCACUACCCCUACUUCCUGCAGAACUCUCACUACCUCUACUUCCUGCAGAACUCUCACUACCACUACUUCCUGCAUCACCCUCACCACCCCUACUUCCUGCAGAACUCUCACUACCACUACUUCCUGCAGAACUCUCACUACCCCUACUUCCUGCAUCACCCUCACCACCCCUACUUCCUGCAGAACUCUCACUACCACUACUUCCUGCAGAACACUCACCACCCCUACUUCCUGCAGAACUCUCACUACCCCUACUUCCUGCAGAACUCUCACUACCUCUACUUCCUGCAGAACUCUCACUACCCCUACUUCCUGCAGAACUCUCACUACACCUACUUCCUGCAGAACUCUCACUACCCCUACUUCCUGCAGAACUCUCACUACCCCUACUUCCUGCAUCACCCUCACCACCCCUACUUCCUGCAUCACCCUCACUACCCCUACUUCCUGCAGAACUCUCACUACCUCUACUUCCUGCAGAACUCUCACUACCCCUACUUCCUGCAGAACUCUCACUACACCUACUUCCUGCAGAACUCUCACUACCCCUACUUCCUGCAGAACUCUCACUACCCCUACUUCCUGCAUCACCCUCACCACCCCUACUUCCUGCAGAACUCUCAAUACCCCUACUUCCUGCAGCUAUGGGAUACAUUUUGA